AUUAUGGAUUUUGAUCAUUACGCUACUGACUUUGUAUAUAACUUUGAUAAUACGGAAUGGUGCAUCCUAAAUUUUCUUAAAUAUCUUGAAGCACGUGUACAAUAUACUUCCGAUAGCAAAAAAGAUAUUAUUGACGCGUUUGCGAGAACUUUUGAAAAAAUUAGUAAUUCCACUGCUAUGCUUGCUGGGAUAAAGAGAAAGGCCAAAAAAUUAGCCAACAAUUUAGAAGAGAAAUUUCAAAGAAAAGAAAUUGUUGAUUUUUUUAAAGUUCUGGAUCAAAAUUUUGAAAUGAGGCAGGAAGAACGGGAUCUUGAGAACUCCUUCGAUAAGAAUGGUCGUGAACUGCUAAAAAAGUCCGGUGAUUUCAAUACAACGAAAUUCUCAUUGCGCUAUAUGGAAAGGACAGAGGAAUUACUUGAAGAAGGUGAGUCAGCAACAUCAGAACAAAGUCAUCAUGGUCUAAGAAAAAAACAAAAAACGGACUAUAAUGAAGGACGGAUAUUGAAAAGGAUAUUUGAAUCGGAAGAAGAUAAUCAAGAACUGCAUUCAGAAUUUUUUCAGGCAGAAUCUUUUAAUUUUCCGAAAAUUGAGGUGCUGGCGAGUUUAAACACGAAAUCGCACUUGGAAAAAUAUAAUAUUGUUUGUCUCUUUGAUAUCGAAUUUCCCUAUACAAAACAACUCUUUAUGAAAUUAUCAACAGAACAGAUGCGCAUUAUGGAGAGUAAAUGGAUAGAGGCCGAAACAUAUAUUAGCAAAGAAGAGAUUGAAAAGUGCUGGAACGAAUGCCCAUUAAAAAAACUGGUGGACGAUAACCACCAAAUCAUCAAAGAAAAUUCAAAUGAGGAUACGUUUUAUGUCGAUCUCAACGGUCUUAUGACCUCUUUUACAAAACAGAAGACUCUCCAACUACUGCAUAAGCACAGUGCAUUGCUUGAUAAAGAAUCUGGUGAAUUUAAAUACCGAGAUGACAUCGUAAACCCUCUUCUCGCAUCAAUUUUUUAUGAUGUUGAGGAUGUGCUAUGGAUGAAAACAAAACUUGGCGACAAACACGACGGUAUAUUAUACAUGAAUAUCAAUGGUGUAAAAAUUGGCGUUGGUUUUGUUGAAGUUGUCGGUAAUGCAUUCACAACAGAUAUUUCUGACAAGAAUGACGACCUUGAAAAGCUAUUGAAAGCAAUGAUGAUAUCGCUAUACUAUCAACGUGCAUACCAAUCUGAUGAUGAGAAUACCUCACAAUUGCAAUCAUUUGCUAUUUUAGUAUUUGGGCGUGAGUAUCAUCUUCUAAGCAUGCAUCUAGUUGAUGAGAUGUACAUUGUAGACGAAUAUGAUACUUUCAUCAUACCAGAUUCGGAUGUGGACUUGUUACAAAUCGGAAAUGUCAUCGAAAUAGUGAAAAAAUUUAAGAUACGAAUGAUUAAGUAUUAUCGUCAACUUAUUAAAAAGCCACGUAAAAUGACUCGACCUCCAAGUUCGGGACCACCAAUUGCUUCACCAUCCAAGAAAACCAAAAAAAAAUAA